AUAGCUGGUCACCGAAAGGGCUUCUUCCUUCUACAAAAGAUUUUUUGUCUAAUAUGCCUUCAUCCUCUUGUGACGAUGGACAACCCCAGCAAGCUGGGGCAGCUACUUCACUUUCCUUUCCUAUCACAGCAGAAGCAUGGGAUGAAAAAUUCAAAGACACCCCUGACGAAGAAAGUGAGCAGGUUUUCAACAAUUGGCUGAAACAACAAGCUGUUGGCGAAGCAUUUGGUCACGAAAAACAUCUGACGGACAAGGUUAAAAGAUUCAUAAUUGACCAUUUUGAUCAAUUGGCGGCAAAUGGAGUUGUGCUAGGGCUCAAUGUUGAGACAACGUCAAGAGGAUUUCAUCUAACCACUUAUCUACAUAAGGAGUGCGAUGAACUUGAGGAAAUGACGAAUGAUUGUCAGAUUCACGGAUCGGCUUGCCCUAGAAAAAUGACUAAAGAGGACCUUUUUUUUUGCCAACUGUGGGUUCUCGAUGGCGGCGGACCGACUUAAAGAAAGCACACCAAACCAACUCUUUAUGAUAUGCCUUAAGAUAGAGGAGCUUAAAAACAAGAAACUUGGAUGGACAAAAAUGCAAGAGUAUAGUAUGGUACAUUUUAAGAAUAGGAAAGCUGGGGUAGCUUAGGGGAAUUUUGAAUAGAUGAAAUUUGAUUGAGUUGGACCAAAAGAAAGGCUCGUUAACUAAGAGUAAAUCCAACCCAGUUUACUCUCUGACAGUCAGCUAGAUCCACAUAACAGUAGUAAUGUACCUUUUUCCAAU